AUGACUGUAAUUGACAACAAUAGCGAAGACACUGGGGGAAUGCGUUGUUGGUUGCCACGGGAAAAUGGUUCUGACGACCAAGAGGCGGCGAGCCUACAGAAUUUGGAUUGUCUGUGCUUGGGGACGGGACGGUUUUUGCGUUCCGUUCUCGUGCCGGCUUUAAACUCCUUUAGUCAUUCAGUUUUGGUGCAAACGCGGGGACGCUCCUUUCUGGAAUAUAUGGCGACGCAGGAUGGGGAUGACAACGGAACGUUUCCGGUGGACACCGUCCUGCCAUCGGGCGAAAUAAAGACUGACCGAUACCGAUGCUACGGGGCAUUUUCGUGGGGACGAGUCGAAGACAAGGCAGCUUUUUAUGACGUUUCCCGGAAGACUAGUGGACCCUCGGUUAUCGGUGUAGGAGUAACGGAGGCGGGCUUGGCAUCAUCCGAGACCCAGGCUAUGAAAGACCUGUACGAUUUUUUGGAGUACUAUCAAGACAUGUGGGAGGAACGCAGCCUUUGGAAACCAGCUCUAACCCCACACAAAAAGCUUUGUGUCAUCGAUAUGGACAACAUUCCCCAGAAUGGGGAUGUCUUGGCGCGUCAUAUGAAUAGUUUGGCGCAGGACAAUGCAAGAAUGUUGCGUUUCUUGGCCGACAAGGUUGUAUUUUUGAAUACCAUGGUCGAUCGGAUCACAUCCCAUCGUGAAGGAGACCCAAUGGUUCCCAAGGCAGAACCGGUCCCGGCCAAGGCUUUGGUAAUUCUUGAUUCUGAGGGGGAUCUUCCAGUAGCGUUUCAUAAAAUGAAAGAAUCCCACGGGGUAGUAGUACGCUCAACGCGGGCCGAACUCGAAAUUGACUUGGCUCUAAAGUUACGGGUUGCCAAUGGCACGCACACAGCCUUAGCACACAUACUGGCUCUGACUAAACGAACAAUGACAGAUGCACUCACUGUUGACGGAGUUGCUGGACCGUUGCUCUUGGCAUACUUAGAUGCGCUUGUGGAAACACAGAUUCUAGCUGCUGGCGGGGCGUCGGGACUGGAACCCCACGCUACAGCCGCCUUAGAAGUAUGGCAAGACUGGCGAUCAAGGCUGACGCAUCCAUAUUUUGGUCUAAGUUCUUUUUUCAUUACUCAAAACGGAGCAGCUAAGGGCGGAAUCCGCCUUGGACCAACUGUGCUAGAUCUGGUAACAAGAAGUCAGACUACACAGCCGCUCAAUGUCGCGAUGGCGUUUGCUUGGGCAUGCUUGCUGCGCUGGUUGACGCCAGACCGCAGGAGAGAUAGUGAGGAUGAGAAAAGUAGUCGCUAUUCAUUGACGGAAGAAAUGACGUUUACAACCGCUAAAGGUGUCUAUACAGGUUGGUUACAAGGGUCAGAACUCAAUAACACGGAAGACGCAACUACGACAUACGCUGAUGGAUUGCACUACAAUCUGAGUCAAGAUUGGUAUGAAUUUCGGUGCUCCUGCAAAGUGCCAGUAGGCAGCAGAACUCAACUGCAAAAACCAUUGUCAGAUGUUUUGGGUGCUUUAGUUUGUAGUGGUCCGCGGCAGCCGGUAGCAUACCAUGGAAUAGUCCGGUCGUACCUCUUGGCAACCGACGGCGGAAAUUUAAACGCGAUUGCCGACAAGCGGGCCAUGAAUGACCUCGUGGCUGGAGUGUCCACUCUAUACGCUCGCAUGAUUGUCGGGGACGACAUUUUGAGUAUUCUGAAAGAAAUCGGGGACAACGACGGCGCCUUUAUUGAUGGUUUCGCCACAGCGUGUACAUCUAUGGCAGAUGUGUCUUGUUUGAGUCAGGGUUGUCCUUUAGCAUUUCGACGUAGUCCUGUCCCGAAUCACAGCCGACUACUGUUGUUGUCUAUCCACAAAGAUACGAUCGAUACAGUUGUAACUUCUGAAGUAGCCUCCGCUAUCGCCAUUGAUUUGCAUACUCACUUGCUGCCACCCUCACACGGCCCGCUCUGCUUGUGGGGUAUUGAUGAGCUAUUGACUUAUCAUUAUUUAGUGGCGGAGUUCUUUAUAACUGCUCCGGCAUCGAUGACACCAGACGGCUUCUAUGCUUUGCCAAAGAAACAGCAAGCGGAUACAAUUUGGCGGGCACUUUUUGUGGAGAGAUCACCGCUCUCGGAGGCAUGUCGCGGAGUCAUUACAGUUUUGGUGUCUCUCGGAUUAGAGAACGCACUAGCGGACCGCGACUUAAACUUGAUUCGUAAAUUUUACAAAGGCUUCCGGGACGAAGGCCUAACCGGAGCAGAGAAGUUCAGUUCUUUAGUUUUCAGCAAAUCGGGUGUCCGGUACAACAUUAUGACAAACAUUCCCUUUGAUCCCAACGAAGAGAGGUACUGGCGUCCUAAACCAAAAGAUUAUUCGGACAAUUAUCGCUCUGCUUUACGUGUAGAUCCCCUCCUGACUGGUGAUUGCCGAACGAUUGAAUUGGCUUUGAAGGGCUCGGGAUACGACAAUACUAUCGAGGGGGCGCGUCAGUACUUACGAGACUGGUGCGAUACAAUGAGUCCGGAAUACAUGAUGGCGUCGACGCCGCAUGACUUUCUGCUGGAAAAAGGCACCUUGGGUUCCUCGACAUCUACCGGUAUUAAUGAAGAGGCAUUGAAACUCCCGGGCGCUUUCGCUCAGCUCAAGAACCAAGAAAUUAGCUGCAAUAGCACAGAAGAUGACAGUCCGAGUGUUAUUAAUGAGAACAGUGAUUUCUUGGGCAACGUGUUGAUGAAAAUCUGCGAGGAGCGCGAUUUACCUGUGGCCCUAAAGAUUGGAGCGCAUCGGAGAGUUAACCCAGCCUUAAAGCAAGCAGGCGAUGGUAUGGUUGCGUUUGCUGAUGCUGGUAUGCUUGGGCGGCUGUGUUCCAGGUUUCCAAAAGUUCGCUUUCUCGCAACCUUUUUAUCUCGUAACAACCAACACGAGGCUUGUGUCUUGGCGUCCAAGUUUCGCAAUUUGCACAUUUACGGAUGUUGGUGGUUCUGCAACAACCCAAGCAUUAUUCGAGAGAUUACCCAAAUGCGAAUUGAAAUCUGUUAUACAAAUGGCCCCACUCGCGAGCCGUAAUUGCGGCAGUUCUGAAGGAUGAAAUGGCCAAGAUGGUAGCUUCGGGGUGGACUCCUACCCGUGCCGAAAUUAGACGAGACGUCGCCCGUCUUUUCGGGGCUAGCUAUGAGGAGUUCAUGCGCAAGUCUCU